AUGCUUUUUGAUCGUGAAUCAACAAUAGUUGUAACAAAAUUCAAUAAUUUAUCUGAAUCAGUACUAACUGCUUAUUGUCAAAAAUUUGGUUCAGUUAUUCGAUGUUUGAUCAAAACUUCUACUAAAUCUCAAAAUAAAGAUCCUUAUGCCUUGAUCAAAUUCGCUGAAAUAUCAAGUGCUACCUCUAUACUUAGUAAUCGCAAUCAUAUUAUUAAUGGUAUACAUGUUGUAAUACGAACUUUUCAUCAAGAUAAAAGUAAUAAUAAUAAUGCCAGUUUAACACAAACACUACCAAGUCUAAUGUCAUUAACCCAAACAAAUUCACUUGUAUCUAAUACUACUACUACUACUAAUAAUAAUAAUAAUAAUAAUAAUAAUAGCAAUAAUAAUAAUAGUAAUGGGCAGAAACCAAUGGAUUAUGAUCAAAUAUUUCAAGAAAAUCAAGUACUUAAAUAUGAGAUAGCUAACCUUCAAAAAUCAUUAAUGGAAGCACAAACAUAUUCAAAAACUGCAUAUGAUGCAUUUCAAGUUUUACGAGAGAAAUUCGAAGCCGAACAAAUUCUUAACAAUAAACUGAAAUUAGAAUAUACAGCUAUGGUUGAAUCAUAUGAAGCUCGAUUUAAAGAAACACCACCACCACCACCACCACCAUUGUCAACGUCAUCAUCAGUACAAUCAUACAACAAAGCUAUUAACAAAGAUAAAGUAAAAGAAGAACCCAUCGAUAAUCAUUCUCAAGUAAAUCUUUCAAUUGAAAUGCAAAUAAUAAAAGAUCAUCUAGAACAAGCACAAAUUGAUUUAGGUAAAUGCCAAACUGAGAAUACUUUACUGAAUGUUAAAUUAAUUUCACGUGAACAACAAUUUGAUAUUCGUUUUAAAGAAUUAAAUAAUCAAUAUAUACGUAUGAAGAAACAAUAUGAACAUGUAUCAUCAUGUAUUAAAGAUUUUCAUACAAGAUUAUAUCCAAAAAAACGAUUAAAAACAGAAACAAAAGACGAGAAUAUAAAUAAAUCUGGUCGAGUCAAUGAGAAUAAAUCUAAUGAUGCCAAUGACGAUAUUGUCGAAAUAGUUAUGCGAGUAGAACCAUUGAUGUCAUAG